CCCCCAAACGACGCUACGGCGCGUCCCUCUCCCAUACGGCCAUACCCCGAAACUUCCACCAUUUCUAGGAUUUUAGGCUUUCUUUGGGCCUUUUAUCUCUCUCGCCCUCUCUCGCUCGCUAUUCUUCUCCUCCGACCGCCAUUAAUGGAACCUCCUCCUCUCCCUCCUUUUUCCUUCAUCCGUUUCUGGUUCCACCGCUGCUUCUGUUGUUGUCGCUGCUGUUCCUCCCCCAUCGCCCGUCUCUAGGGCUAGGGCUAGGGCUAGGGUUUGGGCACCUUCAAUUUCCCUCGCCAUGGAUCUCCCCCUCCCCCAAUCCGAUCUCUCGCUAGGGUUCAACCGCCCCCGCGCAGCGGCUCCGCCCCGCGCCCCCAUCUCCGAUGACUCCAUGACCCACCAGGUCGACCCCAGCGUCCGCGACCCCUCCCAGAUCCCCCUACAGCUCCUCGACCAGCAGUCGGAGAAUCUCGGCGAUGCCUCCUCCGUCGGGGCUAACGAUCCUGACGAGUCCGACGACGAACAGCGGCAGGAGGAAUUUAGCAUCUUGGGGUACCCGAUGUGCCUCAAGAGGCAGCGGAGGGGGGAGUCCUUGUCGUCUUGCUCGUCGACGUCGCUGCAUCCAUCGAAGAGAGCCGCCGUGGGGCCUGACCUCGAGUCUCGGUGGGCCGCCAUCCGGGCCUGGGGAAAUCAGCCUCUCUCCACCGCGGAUCCGGACGUGUUCGAGAUCAUGGAGAAGGAGAAGCAGCGGCAGGUCCGGGGGAUCGAGCUCGUCGCCUCGGAGAAUUUCGUGUGCCGCGCGGUGCUCGAGGCCCUCGGUAGCCACCUGACCAACAAGUACUCUGAGGGAAUGCCCGGUGCCCGGUACUACGGCGGGAACCAGUAUAUUGAUCAAAUUGAGCAUCUUUGUUGCAAGCGCGCCCUUGCUGCCUUUGGCCUUGAUUCGGAGAGCUGGGGUGUGAACGUCCAGCCAUACUCGUGUACCUCUGCUAACUUUGCAGUAUAUACGGGGCUUUUGCUCCCCAAGGAUCGAAUCAUGGGUUUGGAAUCACCGUCGGGCGGGCAUGUGAGCCAUGGCUACUAUACACCCAGUGGGAAGAAGAUAUCAGGGGCUUCGAUAUUCUUUGAGAGCUUGUCAUAUAAGGUGAAUCCUCAUACAGGGUAUAUCGACUAUGAUAAGCUUGAGGACCGGGUGGUGGAUUACCGCCCAAAGAUACUGAUCUGUGGAGGGAGCUCUUAUCCCAGGGAGUGGGAUUAUGCUCGGCUUAGACAGAUUGCGGACAAGUGCGGGGCAGUGUUGAUGUGUGAUAUGGCUCACAUCAGUGGGCUUGUGGCAGCCAAGGAGUGUCUAAGCCCAUUUGACUAUUGUGAUAUUGUUACUUCAACGACUCACAAAAGUCUUCGAGGUCCUAGGGGUGGUAUAAUCUUUUUCAGAAAAGGAAGAAAGAUGAGGAAGCAUGGAUUUUCUAGUGGUCAAGCAGAUGAUAGUGAGCAGUAUGAUUUUGAAGAUAGGAUAAAUUUUGCUGUUUUCCCAUCACUUCAAGGGGGACCUCACAAUAGCCAUAUAGCUGCUUUGGCAAUAGCAUUGAAGCAAGUGGCUACACCUGAGUACAAAGCAUAUAUUCAACAGGUUAAGAAAAAUGCUCAAGCAUUAGCAUCUGCUUUGCUGAGAAGAAAUUGCAGAUUAGUAACUGGGGGUACAGAUAAUCAUUUGCUACUUUGGGAUCUAAGAACAUUUGGGUUAACAGGCAAGAACUUUGAAAAGGUUUGCGAGGCUUGCCACAUUACACUGAAUAAAACCCCCAUUUUUGGUGAUAAUGGUGCCAUCUCUCCUGCAGGAGUGAGAAUAGGUGCCCCUGCCAUGACUACAAGAGGUUGUUUGGAGGAAGAUUUUGAAAUGAUUGCUGAAUUUCUUCUGAGAGCCGCACAAAUCGCAAGUAACGUGCAGAGAGAACGUGGGAAGUUACAAAAGGAGUUUCUCAAGGGUCUUCAGAGAAACAGAGAUGUUAUUGAUCUUCGAGACCAUGUUGAGGCCUUUGCUUCACAGUUUGCCAUGCCAGGAUUUGAUGUAUGAGCAGCAGACAAUGUGUUGAGCACCUUGCUAUAUAUGCAGAACAAUUGGUAAUUCUCCUAAAUUCCUUGUCAUACCUUCUGUGCUCUCAGACGUCACUGUAAAUUUGAGGCUCUUCAUUAUCAAAUCGUUUUCAACAAAAAUGCUUGUUGGUGUAUAAAAUUCAAAACCUGCGACAUUCCUGUGUGCUCUCCCACGUCAGUUUUGCUUUAUUUAUACACUAAAUGAAUGAUGCGCAGCUUUCUUGCUGUGACCUCUACUGCCAAUUAUUUAGUAAGUAUAUGAGAUAAUGCUACAAAUC